GGGCGCCGUCCGCCUGCGGGGCUGCGGACCUCGGCUCCGGGGAGAGCCGCGGCUGGCUUGGCACUUCCAUGUGGCUCCGCCGGGGAUGGAGGACUCGGUGGUGGUGGCGGCGGCGGCGGCUGCCGCUGCGGCGGCGAUGGAGGAGCGGCUCUGAGGAGGGCGCGGGGGCCACACUCAGCCCGGCCGCGGGAUUAGAGCCCUCCAGAAUACAUGUCACAUAGCCCCGAAUGUGGAAUGGUGAUGUCUCCGUGAGGGAGCUUCCUCUCACUCAUCCUGUCAUGUAUAUCAUACUGCUUUUGACUGGGCCAUUCAUCUAAGAUGGGAUUUACCCUGUGAAACUGGGAGAAGACUUACGGACUUCCAAGCAUCAUUUCAAGUAGUAGUUGAGUUUUAAAAAGUACAGACUUACAUGUAAAGCUCCUUGGCUUUGGACCUUCUGCUUUAUUAAAGCUGCUGUGUUGCGAAUCCAGAAGUGUUCCAGUCUAUUGACCCAUCACCAUGGCUUCAGUUUGGAAGAGACUCCAGCGCGUGGGAAAACAUGCAUCCAAGUUCCAGUUUGUGGCUUCCUACCAGGAGCUGAUGGUUGAAUGUACAAAGAAAUGGCAACCAGAUAAACUGGUGGUAGUUUGGACAAGAAGAAGCCGAAGAAAGUCUUCUAAGGCUCAUAGCUGGCAACCUGGAAUAAAAAAUCCAUACCGUGGUGUUGUUGUUUGGCCUGUUCCUGAAAACAUUGAAAUCACUGUAACACUUUUUAAGGAUCCGCAUGCAGAGGAAUUUGAAGACAAAGAGUGGACAUUUGUCAUAGAAAAUGAGUCCCCUUCUGGUCGAAGGAAAGCUCUUGCUACUAGCAGCAUCAAUAUGAAACAAUAUGCAAGCCCUAUGCCAACUCAGACUGAUGUCAAGUUAAAAUUUAAGCCAUUGUCCAAAAAAGUUGUUUCUGCCACUCUCCAGUUUUCAUUAUCUUGUAUUUUCCUUCGGGAAGGGAAAGCCACGGAUGAAGAUAUGCAAAGUUUGGCUAGUUUGAUGAGUAUGAAGCAGGCUGACAUUGGCAAUUUAGAUGACUUUGAAGAAGACAAUGAAGAUGAUGAUGAAAACCGUGUGAACCAAGAGGAAAAAGCAGCAAAAAUUACAGAACUUAUCAAUAAACUUAACUUUUUGGAUGAAGCAGAAAAAGACUCGGUCACUGUGAAUUCAAAUCCAUUUGAUGAACCUGAUGUAGAAGAAUUAAAUCCAUUUGGAGAUCCUGACUCAGAAGAACCAAUCACUGAAAAAGCUUCACCUAAACAUCCAGAGGAAUAUUUUUAUAAUAACAGCUAUCAUCCCUUUAAAGAUGUACAGACUUCACAGUAUUUGAACCCAUUUGAUGAGCCAGAAACUUUUGUAACUAUAAAGGAUUCUCCUCCCCAGUCUACAAAAAGAAAAAAUAUAAGACCCGUGGACAUGAGCAAGUACCUGUAUGCUGAUAACUCUAAAACUGAAGAAGAGUUGGAUGAAUCAAAUCCUUUUUAUGAACCUAAACCAACUUCUCCAAAUAACUUGGCAAAUACGGUUCAAGAAGUGGAAACUGAAAAGAGAGUGAAAAGAAAGGCACCGGCUCCACCAGUCCUUUCACCAAAAACAGGAGGGGUAAAUGAGAACAUGCUUGCUUCUGCAGGAAGAGAUCUCUCUGCUUCACCUAAGCCAAGCCCUAUACCAAGUCCUGUUUUGGGGCGAAAGCCAAAUGCUAGUCAGUCAUUGCUUGUAUGGUGCAAAGAAGUCACGAAAAAUUACCGGGGAGUAAAAAUCACCAAUUUUACUACAUCAUGGAGAAAUGGUUUAUCUUUUUGUGCAAUAUUGCACCACUUUAGACCAGAUUUAAUUGACUACAAGUCUCUGAAUCCUCAAGAUAUUAAAGAAAACAACAAAAAGGCUUAUGAUGGAUUUGCCAGCAUAGGAAUUUCCCGGUUAUUGGAGCCUUCUGAUAUGGUUUUAUUGGCAAUUCCUGAUAAACUGACUGUUAUGACUUACCUCUAUCAAAUAAGGGCACAUUUCAGUGGCCAAGAACUAAAUGUUGUUCAGAUAGAGGAAAAUAGCAGUAAAAGCACAUAUAAAGUUGGAAACUAUGAAACAGAUACAAACAGUUCUGUGGAUCAAGAAAAAUUCUAUGCAGAGCUUAGUGAUCUAAAGCGGGAACCUGAACCACAACAGCAGCCUACCAGUGGAGCAGUCGACUUCUUGUCCCAGGAUGAUUCUGUAUUUGUAAAUGAUAGUGGGGUUGGAGAGUCAGAAAGUGAGCAUCAGACUCCUGAUGAUCACCUUAGUCCAAGCGCAGCCUCUCCUUAUUCUCGCAGGACUAAAAGUGAUACAGAACCCCAGAAAUCCCAGCAGAGCUCUGGAAGGACUUCAGGAUCUGAUGACCCUGGAAUAUGUUCUAAUACAGAUUCAACCCAGGCACAGAUUUUGUUAGGCAAGAAGAGACUACUAAAAGCUGAGACUUUAGAAUUAAGUGACUUAUACGUUAGUGAUAAGAAGAAGGAUGUAUCUCCGCCCUUGAUUUGUGAAGAGACAGAACAACAAAAGUUUAAGAAUGUAGAAGUCAGGAGUAACUUAGAACAAGAAAAAAUAGAAACAUCUAGACCCCUGGAAUGUAGAUCCGAUGCUGAAUCACCUACUAAAACAGCAAGUUUAUCUCCUACUUCUAAACUUGGAUACUCAUAUAGUAGAGAUGCAGACCUUGCAAAGAAAAAACGUACUUCUCUGAGGCAGAUAGAAUCUGAUUCAGAUGCUGAUAGAACCACUUUAAAUCAUGCUGAUCAGUCUUCCAAAAUGGUGCAGCAUCGAAUGUUAUCCCGACAAGAAGAGCUUAAAGAAAGAGCAAGAGUUCUGCUUGAGCAAGCAAGAAAAGAUGCAGCUUUAAAAGCCGGGAAUAAACAGAAUGCCAGUGCAGCUACACCCCUGUACAACAGGCAGCUAAGUGAUCAGCAAGAUGAAGAGCGACGUCGGCAGCUGAGAGAGAGAGCUCGUCAGCUAAUAGCAGAAGCUCGAUCUGGAGUGAAGAUGUCAGAACUUCCCAGCUAUGGUGAAAUGGCUGCAGAAAAGUUGAAAGAAAGGUCAAAGGCAUCUGGAGAACAAAAUAGUAAGUUGAAGCUGAAGAAACUCCUGGAAGCUCAGCCACAGGUGGCAAAUUCACUUUCCAGUGCUGCCCAGAAAGCUAUAACUGAGAGCUCAGAGCAAGACAUUAAGAAUGGCACAGAAGAUCUCCGGACUGAGAGACUACCAAAAGCUACAGAACAUUUUAGAAAUCCUGUUGUGUUCAGCAAAGAUUCAACAGUCAGAAAAACUCAACUUCAGUCUUUUAGUCAAUAUGUUGAGAAUAGACCAGAGAUGAAAAGGCAGAGAUCAAUACAGGAAGAUACAAAGAAAGGAAAUGAGGAGAAGGCAGCGAUAACUGAAACUCAGAGGAAGCCAUCAGAAGAUGAAGUGCUUAAUAAAGGGUUCAAAGACACCAGUCAGUAUGUUGUAGGAGAAUUGGCAGCACUAGAGAAUGAGCAAAAGCAAAUUGACACCCGUGCCGCGCUGGUGGAGAAGCGCCUUCGCUAUCUCAUGGACACAGGAAGGAAUACGGAAGAAGAAGAAGCUAUGAUGCAAGAAUGGUUUAUGUUAGUUAAUAAAAAAAAUGCCCUAAUAAGAAGAAUGAACCAGCUGUCUCUUCUGGAAAAAGAACAUGAUUUAGAACGAAGGUACGAGCUGUUGAACCGGGAAUUGCGGGCAAUGCUAGCCAUUGAAGACUGGCAGAAGACUGAGGCCCAGAAGCGACGAGAGCAGCUCCUGCUGGAUGAGCUGGUGACUUUGGUGAACAAGCGAGAUGCACUUGUGAGAGAUCUGGAUGCACAGGAGAAGCAGGCAGAAGAAGAAGAUGAGCAUUUGGAGCGAACUCUGGAACAAAACAAAGGCAAGAUGGCCAAGAAAGAAGAGAAAUGUGUUCUUCAGUAGCCAUCAGACCAGUGUCUCUCCCAACAUUUUAGUCUUGGGCCCCCAGACCAGCAACAGACUGGUUGUUUCAAAAGUUAACAUUACAUUUGGCUGGAUUAUACUUCUGUACCAUCAUCACCACUUUAACUCCUUUCCAGAUAAUAUACAGAACUCCAAACAUAGCUCUGUUUAAGGAUUUUUUUUUCUGUGAGUGAAUACUUUCUUUUGAAAUCAUGUGAGAUAGAUUUGCACAGACACUUUGUGAGUAAUUGAUAUUGGAGGUGUUCAAGAAACUGUUCAAAAAGAAAACACUUCCCGCAUUAUUUCCCCUCAUUGUUUGAUGGGAGGAAAAUUUGAGACAUUUCUGUUGUUGUUGUUGUUGUUGUUGUUGUUGGUAAUAGCAUAAUGACAGUAUAGGGGGGAGGGAGGCAAGGCAGGAUAAGAAAAAUGCCAUGAUUUUUUUUCCACUCCUGCCAUCUGUAACAUUUACUCUGUUACCUAAAUUUCAUAGUUAGAUCAUAUUCAAUCUACUUAUUAAACUCUGUUUAUUUACCAGUGAGGUUUUCUGCAACUGUUUUGCAUUUCACAGAAUUCCUCUGCUUUCCUCCAAAGAUGGCCCUUUAAAAGGUAGCCUAAGACAAACCCUGCGAUUUGCAGGUGAUGAGAGGAAUUGACAUACAGCAGUUUACAAAGACAGUUUUAUCAUGGGAGAAUCUGCCAUCUUUUUCUCUGGAUAAUAUUUAUUACAUCUUGGUUCAUUCUUACAUUUUGUUGUAUCUCAACAUUGGCUCAAGAAUGCUGUUAAUAUUUAUUCUGUAUUGAUAAAAGUCUGUCUUGCCACUACAAGUAAAUCUUUCCAGUUAAUAUUUUCUUUUCUAGCAUAGCACUGUCUUUUUUGUGAAAAUGGUUAUGUUUAUUUAUUACAAUACUGAGUCAUAUAUAAAUUUUCAAUAAAAGCAGAAACUUUCUUACCU